GAAUCUUAACACACAAUAAUGCAAUUUUGCCUACAAAGGUUAAAUGGACUAGCUGGCUCUCAUUCUAAGGGAACCUAUUGGAUAUAGCUUGCUUGAAUUAAGUCUCUAUUGUAUGUCAAAAUGAUUUCUCAAAACCGGAAGUGGCUCUGAAAGUGAUGGAAACAGCAUAAAAAUGUUAAUCUAACAGCCUGAGAGAGAAUUUUCUACUGAUCUGUUUGUAAUUUAAAUCCGUAACUGAAGCAUGCACAGUAGUUAAACUGGUUGAAGAGAAAACUUGCUCCUUAAUACAACUGUCAAAAAAGCAGUCACUUGAAAUUUCAAAAUGAGUGCACCAGUGGUUCCAAGUGAGCCAUGUUACACCCAGCUACAGGACAACAGAAAUGAAAUAAAAAAUAACAAUGAAAGCAUAGUAAGUGUGGGAGAUACAAAUGCCAACCAAAUUGUGACAAAGGUCAGAAGCACUGAAGGGGAGGUGAAGAGAUGUGAUUUCACAGUUGAUUCUGGAAGUUUGCAUACUGGUGGAUCAGAGAACAUUACACAGUUGAAUACAGAGCAGAAAAAACUUCUGGUCUUUAAACAAUCUCAGAUUGGUGAUACCAAUGUACAAGAAUUUAGGUUGCCUUCUACUGGAAGCAAGGAAUUAGAUAAAUGUUUCAGGACUGCUGAAGUUAAGGAUACUUCAAAGAAUAUUCUUAUUAGCCGAGGACAAAGUCUAUCUAAUUUGAAGAGUAGUGCAAAUAAUACCUGUUCAGGGGUUCUUUUAAAAGAUGAUGUUGAAUUUACCCAGCAUAUAUCCAAGGACCAUGGAAAAAUAAUCAGGACCAUGGAAGCUGAAGGAAUAAAAAGGCUUUCUUUGGGACGAUCAAGUAAAUUUUCUACUAAAACAGAAGCAUUUUCAAAAGAACGUGUGUCAUGUAAACGUUCACUUUCUGCAUCACUGGAUUCCAUUGAUACAUCACAUCAUUUGAUUGGUGAUACUGAGAAAUCACAGCAAACAUCAACGGAUCAUUUUCUAGGUAUGGUUUUUCAUCCACUUGACAAUACCUCAGAGGACAAUACGGUGUUUUAUUCAAAAUCAUCUACCUCAGAAAACAAGAAAGUAAAUAUCCCAGAGAUCCAGAUGGACAUGGAAGAUGUACCAAAUGCUAACAGUGAAAGCACACUGCAGCCGACUGACAUAGAUCUGAAUUUACAUGGUAAGCCCAAUGAAAUCUCUAGUAAGUCAGAAGCACAAUUAGAACAAGGUGAUAAAAGUAAAAAACUGGAGAUAAAAAAUCCACCACAUGUACCAUCUAAAAAUAUUUGUCAACAAAAAAUUGAGAGAAUUAUGUUGGUAGAAUUUCUAGGAUGUCAAACAGAAGAAAGUUCAUUAGUACCAGAAAAGAAAGGAUGUGGAGCUAAAGUUUCCAAAAUGCAAGCUCCCCAGUUUCAAGACUUUUGUAGUAAAGUAGGAGAUCCACUCUUAAACCAAGUGGUAGCCUAUGCUGAGGACAGACUUCUAAGUGGAAACACCACCUGCCCUGGGUUAGGAAGAAGUAAUGAUGAUGAAAACAGGGCAUCUAAUCAAGGUAGUCAGGAAUACAUAACAGACGAAGAAAUUGGAUCUGUAUUUCCUCUUACUGAUGAUAGCAAAUCCAGUGGCAAACUAACACCUACAAGAAAUAGAAACUUACUUGAAGCUGGUACAAGUUGCAUUCAAACAGUUGGUGGGCAUAUAUCUUUUCUACAUAACGUAAGUCUCCCUUACAGCAAAACCAUGAAAGCUAAUGAGAAUAAAUUGAUGCUAGUCAAAGGGAACACUGAAAACACCACAGUGUCUGCCUCAGAUCUCUCAGAUCAACACAGAGUGCUUAGUACUGAAACAAUGUCAAACAAUCAGCCGAACAACCAGGACAGUGAUAUGGAAAUCGCAAGCUUUUCAGUCCAGAAUAAAAAGACUGCUAUUGCAAAGAAAUAUCUUUCAGAUGAAACAUCAGAGAGUUAUAAAAUUUCAGCGAGGGCUGAUGCCUUUUUCUGUGUCCCAACUUCCUUGCGCCCAAUGGCAACUGUGAAUGUUAAUAAUCAGCCCACAAUUUCAAACAGCAGCUUAAAGGAUCUUUAUGCACUUCAUGUUGACAAGCUGUCACCGUCCUCAGUCCUACCUCCCAUUGACAGUACACAAUUGUUAAACAUAUCCCCUAAAGUGCCUAACAAGAUGGCUGCCAACAGUGGAAUCCCCAAACCAAUCCUCGUCCAUCCCAAGAGCUCCCUUACAGCCAAAGGUGAUGUGGAGGGUGACUGCAGUGAAAAGCCUGAAGAAAACAUUGAGAUAAAGCCUGUUAUGCCCAAACCCAAACAUGUGAGACCUAAGAUUAUCACUUAUAUUCGAAGAAAUCCUCAGUCUAUAGACCAUCUUGACCCUUCCUUUGCCUCAACCGAGCUGCCCUAUGGCCCCUCUGUGUGCAGUAUGCCCAUGGCAAAAGAACAGCAGAUAUUGAGUGGGGGGGAUAUUAAACCAUCCAACAUCCUGUAUGAUAAAUAUAAAUCUGAUGUGCAGAAGCCGAGAAUCUAUAGUUCAGGACUUGUGGUAUCAGGCAUUAAACCCCCAGGACAUCAUUUUGGCCAAAUGAGUGAAAAGUUUCUACAGGAGGUUGGGAAAAGGCCUGUGAAAGAAGAAUUCUGUUCCCCACCAUAUACCCACUAUGAGGUAUCUCCAAGCUUUUAUCGAUCUGCCAUGAUACUUAAACCACAGUUAGGACUGGGUGCAGUUUCCAGGUUACCCUCUGCAAAAAGUAGGAUUUUGAUUGCAAGUCAAAGAUCUUCAGAUAGCUGCCUCCAUCAGCCAGGACAAAUAGCAAAGGCUUCCAGCCUUUACCAUACCGAGGCUUCAGUUGACCUAAAAAAUGGCCCAUGCCCAAAUGCUGCAAAAUCCAAUCUCCCCAAGCCAUGUCAAUCUGGACUUCGGCCUCCUGGCUAUUCACGCUUGCCAGCAGCUAAGCUGGCAGCAUUUGGUUUUGUCAGGAGCUCAAGUGUAUCCUCUGUGUCAAGCAACCAGUCAAAUGACAGCGUUCAGAGUGAUCAAAGCAGAACAACCAACCGUUCAAACUUUGGCAGUGAAGAGCAAACCCCUCCUAAGGCAUCUGUGCCUUCUAAAGAUUUACCCAAGGGGUCCAGUAAGACUGCACAGCAGGUAUCAACCAGCACAGCAACUCCCCGCAGGAGUUUACUUCCAGCACCGAAAACUUCUAUAACACCCACUGGUUUGAAGAAAGAAGUACAAAAAGAUCAAGAUGCAAAUAAACCCACUGUGUCAUCCCCUAAGAGAUUAGCAGUAUCAGCAACCAAGCUCCAUUCACCAGGACACCCUAAACAAAGGGCAGCUGUUCCAAAAAAUGGAAUUUCCACCAAGGCAGAUCUGCAGACUCGAGAGGCUGAACGGCAGUUCAUCCAGCAGUUGAAGGAAAAGUGUGGCAAGCAAUCCAGGCAAUUCAGCUGUAUUCAAGAGGAACUUAAAAGAGCCAGUCGUGGCUUCGAUGUCUUUGCUGUAACAACACAGUAUUUCUUUUGGAAGAAUGAAAGUGCCCUUGUGAAAGAAAAGGAGCUGUCAAUCGAGCUUGCAAACAUCAGGGAUGAAGUUGCCCUCAACACAUCAAGAUGUGAGAAAUUACAAAAAGAGAAGGAGGAACUGGAGAGGAGGUUUGAGGAGGAGGUGAGGCAGCUUCAUUGGCAACAGCAAGAAGAGCUGCAUGCCCUUGAGGCAAGGUUGCAGUUGCAGUACAGUGGCAAAAUGGACCUCUUGCAAGAGGAACACAGACUUCAACUUGCGAGGAUCAAGUGUGAGCACCAGGAACAGGUGGAAGAUAUUUCAGCCACUCAUGAAGCUGCAAUAUCAGAGAUGGAAAACAGUCACACUGAUGCCAUUGCAGUACUCCAGGAGGAGCAUGACAACAAAGUUCAAGAGCUGAUGUCUGCCCACGAACUGGAAAAGAAAGACUUGGAAGAGAGUUUUGAAAAACUGCGGCUGUCACUCCAGGACCAAGUAGAUACCCUCACCUUCCAGAGCCAUUCCCUCAGGGACAAGGCAAAACGAUUUGAAGAGGCUUUAAAGAAAAACACUGAAGAGCAACUAGAGGUUGCAUUAGCGCCAUAUCAGCACUUAGAAGAAGAUAUGAAUAGCCUCAAGCAGGUUUUGGAAAUGAAGAAUCAGCUAAUUCAUCAACAGGAAAAGAGAAUCAUGGAGCUAGAGAAACUGGCUGAAAAAAACACAGUAUUGGAGGAAAAAAUUCAGGUACUGCAACAGCAGAAUGAAGACCUGAGAGUCAGGAUUGAUCAAAAUACCGUUGUGACAAGGCAAUUAUCUGAGGAAAAUGCUAAUCUACAAGAAUACGUGGAGAAAGAAACGGAGGAAAAGAAGAGGUUAAGCCGGACUAAUGAAGAGCUACUUUGGAAGCUCCAGACAACAGAGCCCAUUAGCCCUGUUAAACUGUCUCCUACGUCUCCUACGCCUAUUUAUCGCUGUUCAUCGGGCCCACCUACUCCUGCAAAAGUCAGCACGGUGCCAAGAUGACAGCUCCACACAGCUGCAGAAGUUAACUGGGCUUUUACAUAUUUUUCCAAUCUGCUGAAUGUUUUCAUCUGAAACAGUAUUGACAGCCAUAGAUAUCCAGGGUUGGUUACUGCAAGCAUGCUCUGUAGCUGCAUACGUGUAAGCUAGGCAGUGUACUAUUAUCCCUCUAGCAUUGAAGCUCCUGGUAUUGGCACACUGAUGUCUUAGAAUAGUAGAGCCAGUGUAGUCUGAUGUGUAAACAUUUUGCCAUGGUUAGAGCUAAAAGAAAGAAAAUACUACUACUAAUGGUUCAUCAAAAAUGAAUCUUUGCUGCAGUGUUUCAGGUUAGUUACAGACAGGUCACAGUUUAAAUAGCUAUAUAUGUAUGUGUGUUUAUAUAUGUAUGGAUUGUGUGCAUAUAUUCACACAUGCAACAUAUAUGGUGUUGAAAUGUUCUGAAUUGCAUUUUUAUAUGAUUGGAUACACUACUAAGUGCUGAUAUAUUUUCAUUAUGGUCAGCAGUUUUGUAACUUGUGCCUAAGACUUAUAUCUAAAUGAAAUGCAUUUCUGUCAAGCCUCCCAGAAAUAUUUCUACCCAAAAUAGAACUUACUUAGAACUAGAAGCGCCUUCCAAACUACCACCAAGUGGUACAUUAUAUGACAUGAACACCAGCGACAUUGCGAUUCUGAACUAGUACUGCCUUCAGAUAAGGUCACUCAUUCCAGUCUCUAAAUUGUAAUUAUUAGCAUCAGUGGUGUGAACGAUGUAAGCUAGAGACCGAAACCCUGAGGGCUUUAGCACAUUCCAUACAGUUUAUUUGCUAGCGUGACUACAUUUUACUCUCCCAAAUCCUAGUUAUCCUCUUUUUUUUUUUUUUAACCAAAUGCUUUUGGGAGCAAUCAGAAUCUAUGACAAACCUAGUCUCACAUUAUUUUAUUGCAAGGCCUAGACAAUAGAAAAGAACUAUUUGCUGUGACCUUGACGUUUGGUCCAAAGCAUUACAUCCUUAAUGGGAUAGUCUAUGAAUUUAGAGCCAGUUUGCCUCAGGAUACAGGGGCAAAUGACCAGGAGAACCCCCAGAAAAGAUAUAUGCAUGGAUCCAACUGAGGCCCGAAUUGUGUCCCUCAACCUAUCGCCCCGCAUAUUUUGGGGUAUAGUGAAAAUGGCCAAAUCACCUUAAACUGCUGCCUUCCAGGCAGGAUGCAAAGACUCUUUGGUUUCCAUGUUGUAUUAACCCCCCUUUGCUGCACCUGUUAUCUAUGCACGUGUUGCAGCAACUCUUAGUGUGGUGCCUAUCUAGGUCAGGUGGAAUGUCACACCUCGCUGAGUGAGCGCACUGGUUUCCAAGGGGUAUAGCACCUCAAACAGCAGUUAGUCUGAGAAGGGGGUAACAGUAUUUGAUCUGGAUCCUGGGUACGGGUAGGGACUGCAUUGUUUGGUCCUGUUAUCUCUGGUGUUCUCUAAAUGUGGGCUCCAGAGUUUGCAUCAGGUUUUUUUAGGGUUAGACUGUGAAAACAUUUGCUGUAGUGCAGUGGCAGUUUAGGAUUGUGUGAUAUGCCCACACAAAAGAAAAAAAUGUUUUGUCGUGUUUUUUAAAAUGCUGUGCUGGUUUUAAUUUCAAGCUCCUGCACAUUUUCCUGCCUAGUCACAGAGCAUGCUGUGUGCUCCAGGACACGGCCAUAUUCAAGCCAGUAUGUAAAUAGGUGCAGGAAAUAUUCUAGGGUUAUGGAGCAAUGUGAAAGAGAGAGUCUCACAAG